AUGAUUCACAUCCACAUGGAAGCUAUCAAGCUAGGAGUUGGUAAUGGAAAAGUUAACAUUGUUGCUGAAGAUGAUUCCAUUGAUGGAAUGCAAUGCAUUGAUCAUCCUUACAGAAACAACCCUGGUGGGAUCUGUGCUUUUUGUCUUCAAGAAAAACUUGGUAAACUUGUUUCUUCUUCUUUUCCUCUUCCUAUUCAUGCUUCUUCGUCGUCUUCUUCUCCUUCUUUCAGAUCCAAUGUUGCUCCUUCUUCUUCUUCCACUUCCACUACUCGUCAUUGUGCUUCUUCUUCUUCCUCCGUUAUUAACACCAUUCCAACAACAACAACAACUGCUGUAGCUUCGUCUUCUUCUUUGUCUCUCUCUGUCUGUCCUAUAAAAAAUGAAAAUAAUGCUAAACAGUUUCACCAUGAAUAUUAUUCUAGAAAAACUCGUAUCCCUUUUCUUUUAGCCAAGAGAAAGAAGAAGAAAAACACUGUUUCUGCUUCUGCUUCUGGUUCUGCUACAUCUAAUAAUAUUAUUCUGAAACGUAGCAAAUCAACUGCUACACCAAGAAGAGGUAGUAGUAACUCUUUGGUUGAUGCAGAUGAUGAAUAUUUUAGUCCUAGAAAAAGAAAUGGCUUUUGGUCAUUUCUCUAUCUUUCUUCAAAAUCUUCUGCGAAGAAUCUGAACUCGAAGAGUUUUAGAGAUGGAAGCAACAAUGCUACUACGACUACUACUGCAGCAAAACUCAAGGAAAAGUGUUGUUCAGGUUCAUCUUUAGGAAGAAAGAACGACAUUGUUAUUGUUGAAGAGGACGAAGAAAACAGUCCUAACAGAAACAACAGCAACAACAGCAACAACAAUAACACAGGUUCUUCUAUUGAGCGCAAAGUUUCAAGAUCUAGAUCUGUUGGCUGUGGUAGCAGAAGCUUUUCCGGCGAUUUCUUUGAAAGAAUCUCAACCGGGUUUGGAGAUUGUACUCUCAGAAGAGUUGAAUCACAACGUGAAGGUAAAUCAAAGGCAGUUUCUGGUUCUAGUUCUACUGAUAUUGCUUCUGUGAACCCUAAUGGGGACCACCAUCACCACCAUUGCAUGAAAGAACGAGUACUUCGACGUUGUGGAGGUAUAUUCAGUGGAUUCAUGAUGACUUCAUCUUCAUCAUCGAACUCAUCAAACUCAUCUUACUGGGUUUCUUCAAAUUCUGCCGAUGAAACUGUGAACGGUGGUGCAAAACAAGGUUCUGUGUCGAUUUCUCAGAAUAAUAACCGCGGUGGAAAGAGUUGGGGUUGGGCUUUUGCUAGUCCAAUGAGAGCUUUUAGCAGCAAAAGUUCUUCCAAAGAGAAUCAUCAUAAUAAAAGAGAUAUCAUUAGAGAUGCUAAUGAUAAGAUUAAUGCUACUCCAAAUUUAUCUGCUAUGCCAUCUUUACUCGCUGCAAGAGGAUGA